ACUGAAUUCAGGCAUACACCAAUAAGUCGUUCAGUGCGUACCAUGGCUAGAACAUUUGGUCCUGUGUUCUGCACAAUGUACAGCCCUAAACAAAACACUGCUCAACCGCCAAAAAGGACCUGCAAGUAGCGUAAGUCCAGUGUCACCUGAGCACACAAGGGACACGAAGUGGACAGAACCAGUGAUACUUGCACCUGAAUCAGACCCUGCACAAGCACCUCCGACAGACCAGUCUGUCCCAUUACCACAUUGUGGCAAUGACACACUGACACCCGUGGUGAGUCAAGAUCCUGAAGGAGACCUUCACGAAAAACUGGCACGCCUUCAGCAGCAAGUGAUGCUACUCACUACACGCAACAUAUAUCUUGAAGAGCAGUUGUGCGAUGCCAAAUCUCGUCUUUUAAGCAUAGAGCAAAUAAGAAAUGAUGCCGAGUGUCGGUACUACACUGGGUUGCCAAACAUUGGCGUUUUUCAAGCUCUGUUCAAUUUUUUGUCCCCCCGUGCUUCGAUGAUGACCUACUGGGGCAAUGUGGAGAGGAAUCCCAACGAGAAACGUGGACGAGUACGAGAAAGAGAACUGAUGGAAGAAUUUUUCAUGAUCCUGGUCAGACUAAGGAACGGCAUGUCUGGAAAAGAGAUCUCUCGAAAUUUCGGGAUAUCUGAAGGUCAUUUCAGUAAAGUAUUUGCCACGUGGAUAAAUUUUCUUAAUCACGAACUGAAGAGCAUUACAUCCUUCCCAACAGUUGACCAGAUAAAACCACAUCUGCCGAAGGCAUUUAUGAAGUUUCCGAAUACCAGAUUGGUGCUGGAUGCAACAGAAGUCAGAAUUCAGAAACCGUCUUCUCUGAAAGCACAAAGACAGACAUUUUCGCACUACAAACACUAUAACACGUACAAAGUUGUUAUUGGAUGUACCCCGGAUGGUUAUAUAAGUUUUGUGUCGAGACUCUGGGGAGGGUCUGUAUCUGAUGUUCAUGUUGUUGAGAAAAGUGGAUUGUUUGAUCGCCUCGAACCUGGUGAUGAUAUUAUGGUAGACAAGGGUUUUACCUUCCCAUGUGUUCCUCCAGGAAUUGAUGUAUACUAUCCUCCUUUUAGGGUGAGGGGAGAAGCUCAAAUGUCUCGUGAGGCAGUUCUGAGCACAAGAAGUGUGGCGAGUGCUAGAGUACAUGUUGAACGCGUGAUCAGAAGAGUUAAGGCAUUUCCCAUUCUAGACAAGCCCUUUCCAAUCAAUAUGGUGGAUAUAGCAGAGCAUAUAUUCCAUGUCUGUUGUUACCUAAGUAACUUUCGCUGUCCUUUGAUUAAGGAUGACACAGACUAAAAUGUGAAGUUAGCACGUUGCAGAGCCUUAGCCUGAUGUGCAUGUGUGUGGACCUGCUCAAUAAAAUAGCAACAUGUAACUUCAGCGGAGUCUCCUUAUAUGUAUUUUGAGGUCUCCUUUUGCACUUGCUACAUAAUACCCUUUCACAUAUUUUUUGUACGAAACAUAAGGUCCUAGGGUGCCCAGUCGGCGCACUCGCCUCGUCAUUACCUCAGGCAUGAGGGCACGCUCUGCAAAGUACAGUAAUGCUGGCAGGCACCUGUCUUCCCAAAAGUCCUUAUCAAAACAUAUUCUUUCGAUGUUAAUGGACCUGGCCAACUCAGGAUGGUUUGUCCAAAUCACAAAAUCGCACCACUUGUGUCCCGUGAUAGCCAUUUGGCCUUGCACCUGCAUGUAAUAACCAUGUGUCCGUUUGA